UUGAGUAUUCUCAUUUCAACACAAAUUCUAAAAUCGAGCUCCACUGUAUUCAAGCCGUGGUACCCCCAUAAAGCGCAUUUGUCAUUUAACGUUGACGACGAUCAUAAAAACAAUGGCUCAAACCGAGCUGCUGUGCGCAGUCAAAUCAUAUGAAAGAGAGGCUGAGAGAGCGCGCACACUCGCUGGCCGGAGCGCAAGCGCAUGAAGCUCAGCACGACAGCGGAUCGACGUUUAACAAAUUGCCAACACUUUGGUUACGCUCCGACCGAACGUAUGUAAACACAGUGAACCGACGCAAGUGGAUGAAGGAGAUGCUGGGCUGAAGGGAUGAACGUGCGGUUGGUAGUAGCGUUUUAGUGUUGUGUUGACAACAUUUAACGUUAGCGCUGUUGACGCAUUUUAUGGCCAUUAUCGUCGCCGUUGUUGUUAGUACUCCUUUUAAUUGUUUCAAUUUCACUUGUGAUACAUUUGCUGCCUUCGCAGCCGCGUUUCGGCUUGAUCGUGGCUGUGGCGCUUGAUGAUCGUCAGUCGUCUGAGCCAACAAGUGACAGCAGCAAGUGUGUGUGGCUGAGAGAUUCUGUUGCCUUUUGUAGACGCAUUCAGGUGCUCAUUGGCUCACGAUUGGUCGGUAACGUUGUGUUUUUGUUGUUAUGGUGUUUUGAGUGAGUUGAUGUCAGACAUCGGUUAACGGCAAUACAACAUAACGUAUUCUGACGUGCAACGUGACAGUUCAAUGCGGUUGAAACGCGCGUGCGCCAGCUUACAAGUGAUAUCCAAGUGAUUUGUGAAUUUUAGCGUGAAAAUAAAUAAAAGUUGGAAUAAGAAGUGGAAAUAAAAAGUAUUGAAAUACUUGGAUAAUAAAUUGAGCUUUCAAAAGUGAACGUAUUACUCGGUGAAAAAAAAGAAAUUAAAUUUAAAUCUUUAGCGAGUUUUGUGCGGUAAUGAACGAUAUUAGCAUGGGUUUUAAGCAUACCAUGUUGCAACGAUUACAAAACUACGAUGUAUACCCCUCGAAAUCCACGGCCAGCAGUAAUGGCUCCGAAUCGGGUGAAGAGCAGACGCCACAACCCGCACAUGUCACCGAUUUCAGCAUCAGUCGCAUACUUGGCGAUGAAGCGCACAACAAAGGUGGCAAGCCAGUCAAAAGUCCCACUAUCAGCGUGAAAACGAACUUAUCAGCGCCCUGCACGCCAACACCCUUCACCACCGAUAUACUCGAUCUCUCGAAAUCCUCACCAGCGGCGGAGCAAAAAUCACCCAUCGCAGCGCCACGUCAACCUGCCUAUCCUACACCAACCUAUCAGGGUUUUCAUUCCGACUUCUUGGCCGCUGCCGCCGCCGCUAAUGCAACAAAAUUUUAUGCGCAAUUCUUUCCGCAAAUGUGUGCGCCAUACGCCUUGCCCAACUUUAGUGUACCAACUGCAGUACCUUACCAAAAACAACGUUACUUUGCACCGUACAUAAUUAACUCUAACUCAACGCACCCUAAUCAACCCACGCAAUCUGCCAACUCACGCUUGCCGACCUUAACGCAUGCCUCGAGUAUACCACUGUCACACCCCUCGUCUAAGAAUAUUUGCACCCGCGCAAGUUGUACAGAUUGUUUGGAUUUUUAUAAACAAUAUCCGCUCUACAAGUCUACCUUGCCGUCGGUACCUACCUCACCUGCAUCAUCGACCUCAUCCACAUGUCAUUCCUCGUACAGCGCCAAUUAUUUGAAGACAAAGUCAUCCACCGAAUUGCUGCUCAAGUCCUCGACGAUCGCCUUGACCACAGUGGCGAAUUUCAAUUUAACCUCGAAAACUACAAAACUCUGCGCAAAUAGCCCCUCUUCUGUGACAGCUUUGAAUGCGGAAGAGAUAAGCUAUAAGUGCUGUAUCUGCGAUAAAGUUUUCGGUUGCUCGCAAACAUUGCAGGCGCACGAGAAGACACACAAAUCGCCACGCUACGAGUGCACCGAUUGUGGCAAAGGUUUUUCACAGCUACGCAAUUACAAGUAUCACCUGUCUGUGCACCGCGGUACCAAGGAGUUCGCCGCUGAAUGCCCGGAAUGUGGUAAAACGUUUAAUGACAAAGGCUAUCUGAGCAGUCACAUGAAAAUCCAUCGCAAUAAGAAAGAGUACGAAUGCCCCUACUGCCCCAAAUCGUUUAACCAGCGUGUAGCAUUCAACAUGCACGUACGCAUACACACCGGCGUCAAGCCGCACAAAUGUGCCGAGUGCGGCAAACGUUUCUCACGCAAAAUGCUGCUCAAACAGCACAUGCGCACCCACAGCGGCGAGAAGCCGUACCAAUGCUCGGUGUGCGGCAAAUCAUUCGCCGAUCGUAGCAACAUGACGCUGCAUCAUCGAUUGCACUCAGGUAUCAAGCCAUUCAAUUGUCCCAUUUGCCCGAAGGCAUUCACCAAGAAGCAUCACCUCAAGACGCAUCUAAACUAUCAUACUGGCUGCAAGCCGUACGUCUGCCCGCAUCCGAACUGCAAUCAGGCCUUCACACAGUCCAGCAAUAUGCGUACGCAUGCCAAGAAAUGUCAAUAUCGUCCGCUGCAAUUACCCUAUCCGGUUGCGGCCUCGGCGACGAGUAGUAUAUCAAAUGUGACUUCAACAGCGUCCUCAAUGGCAUUGCCCACUCCAGCGGCGGCGGCGGCGUCAUUAACACCAAUUGUGUCACGUCUCAGCAUACCAGCGCCGCCAAUAGUCAGUGGCAUUGCAACGACUGCAGCGGGUUUCUCAUCGGUAGUGUCCAGCAGCAGCAGCAGCAGCACAACGGCAUCGUCACACAUUCCAAAUUUGUCCACAGCCUUGUCGGCUGGUAUGCGCAUGUUGUCCGCUGCAUCGGCAGCAGGCACUGUCACUCUGGCAAGUAACGGUACCACAUCCGGUGGCCACAAUGCGGUCGCACAACAGCCGCUUUUACUAUUUCCGCCUGCGCAACAGCCGUUAAUGGGUACACUGCGACCGUUUUAAUUACGCCGAAGACAGUUAGUUUAAUUACUAUAAUUUACCGCUAUACUAGUAUUUACAUUUUUAUUUAAUUAUAAUCAAUCAUUUGUGAUGUAAUUUAAUGUAAUUAUAAGUAUGCACCCUGGUAUAAGUGAAUAUAUGUAAAUUUAGUCUCUUACUUUUGUAACCCAAAGUACUUACUUAGAACUAGGACCCUAGUAUAAGAUUUAUAAAAAAUGGCGUGUGCUUAAGAUACCUUAUAUAAUAAUAAAUCAAAGAGUUA